AUGCCCGACAUCGACCCCGCGGCCUUGAGCAGCCGCCCAUCUGUAAAUAUCUCAACGCCGACGUUGUCUGCCAAGUCCAUUACUGUACAACCUCCCGGUUCCCUCAAAACUUCCAAAACAAGCCAGAUCAUUCCGGCCCGCAUUGACCUUGAGCCGCUGUAUACCGCUUUGAAGCAGAACAUCGGCUCCGAAGCAUGGGUCGUAUACAAGGAGUCAACGACAGAGUUCCUCAUCGGUCGGCUGAACCAGACCGAAUACUCGGAACGAAUCGAUCCUAUCCUCGCAUCCCCCAAUGGCGAAAGGGAACACCUCCAUAACCAGCUAAUAGCCGCUAUUUACGGCAAUGUCACGAGAGAGAUGCCCGACCAGGGGCUUGCCCCCUGGGUUAGCGCUAACGACAAGCCGACCGCGCCUGUUGGCAGUAAGCCUGUCUCUGGCGAUGCUGCAGAGCGUCGACUCAAGGGCGAUGUCAUGCAAUUGCCCACCAAAGACCGUCGGCGCAUUAAGGACUUGGCUUCUAACGAUGUUGGUUUCCAUCCCUUUCUCUUCAAGCCACACCUUUCUGAUAGUGAUUCUAUACAGUUCGAUCCUCACGAGACCCUUUCCAACGUCUUCCUCGAAACCCACAGGCGACAGUCCAAGCCGGCCGAAGUCCCGCCCAGUGCUGGAGGCAUUGGAGGCAUCAACAAAAUGAAUUUUGACUUGGAGAUUCGCAAGCGCUUUGCACAGCCAUUGGCCGUGGAGUCAGGCGAAUUCCCGGAUGCCCCUGUAGUAGAAGGUAGGAUGCUGCCUUUCUGCUAUGAGGCAGGCCUCACCAAUGGUCAUGUCCAAGAAGCGCCACACUUCAUGUCUGUCGCGACAGAAACGUUCAUCAAGGAAGCCCUAGCUGCUAUAUUCUCCAAGACGAGGAGCAAUGGUCCGGGAGAGGGCGGAACCGCUGGUUUCGGCGCCGGUACGCAAUGGAUCCAAACCCACAAAUACCGGCAUCAACUUGUGAAAGAAGAGGAUGCGGCUUUACGAGGCGAGCUUACCCGUGAUAAGAGCGGUCUGUUGCCAAUCGAGUCGAAAGCCGCGAGCGAGCGUGGUCCUCUUGGUAUGGCAGACGUACGAAUCGCACUGGAGAUGGCAGACAGCGGCCUGGCACAAUUUCCCAUCAUCAACACGGCAAUAUCGUAUGGAUAUCGUGAAGGAGAACUCGAAAACUGGCAUGAUUAUACCUGGCUCCCAGGUCUUGAGCCCAGUGGAACCAAGGAGGCAGAUGUCCCCGAUGUCAAGCCACUGGCUGUGGAGCAGCUGCCGAACGGACACGUCGACGAAAUGGAGAUUGACUCGGAGCCAUGGUGGGACGGCGCAGAUCCUCAAGAUAUGGGCGCGCUUGAUUCCGUGCUAGAUUCGUGUCUGGCCGUUGGAUCAUAG